AUGUCAGCGGAAAGCUCAACCAUCACAGUCCGUCUUGUUCGCUCUUUUGAACACCGGAACUUCAGGCCUGUGGUGUAUCAUGGAGUUAACUUGGACCAGACAGUAAAGCAGUUCAUUAAUUUUGUGCAGAAGGAUGUGCCUUCAAGAACAGGACUUCCUCCUCCUUUCAAAAAUUACAAGUAUGAUACAAUGAAGAUUAUUCACCAAGCACACAAAUCUAAGACUGGUGAACUUGUAGUGAGUUUGGAAGAUGAUGACAAACUGAUUUUGAAAGAAGACAGUACACUGAAAGCAGCUGGAGUAGCAAAUGAGACCGAAUUAGCAUUCUUCUGUGAGCAAGAUUACAGAAACUACAAAGCUAAUCCUGUUUCGGCCUGGUGAAGAUCCCAAGAGAUUGUUUUGUUUUCCCAUACCUGUUGUAAAUUUUCCUUAUUCUGCUUAAUGAGAUUUUUCUUAA